AAAUUUUCGAAUAUUUCCUUGACAUGUGACAGUGACAUAUGUCAUUUGUGUAUUAUUUUUGUUUUAUUUAUAAAUAUUUAGAAAAUAAAAAAAUGCUAAUGAGUGCUAGAGAACAAUUGUACUCGUCGCUACUAAAAGCCAACCAAAGUUUCCACGAGUACCCUCUAGAAAAAAUCACUUCUAAUCUGGGAAAAUCCACUAAAAGGGGCAUAAAAAAGUGCACCAAGUGCGGUGUAUACAACGGCACUAGAAGCGCAAUAUGCAAGAAUAAACGAUGCGGUAGAAUUCUCAAGUGUUUCGAGGAGAAAUCCAAGACGGAUUCGGAGGCGGUACAACUAAUAUCUAACACAAAAAAACAAGUCUACUCCGUGAAAAUCCGGAACACCGGCCAAGACAGCAGGGGAUUCGUCCAGUUGCCUUUGAUGCACUCCAGCUCAGAUGAGGAUUCAAGCGUGUACCCGCAGGUGGCCUUGUGCUUUGUGGAUUCCUGUCAAAAUUCCUUCGAUAACUCGAUACUCAAAUGCCACGAGGAAACAGCGAACAUCAGCGACACUCUAUGCGUUCACAUCAAAUCGGCCUUGAAUAGUCAAAUUAAAGCCACUCCUUUACCGCUCAAUCGGGAUCUUUUAGAGUUUUUGCAAUACGACCAAAGCGUGAAGGAUAAAUUGAAAUCUUACGAUGUAGAAAAGGAUGGGCCGCUCGUGCAGAAGGUUUCUCAGUCCGUGUUGGUGGUUAAAUGUAAAGUUAGCGCCAAACAUCCCUUCGGAUAUUUACAUUUUACGUUCGAUAAAGGGAAAGGAGAGGAUUCGUAUGAUUGCAGUUGUACAGAAUUUUCUGAAGUUUCCAAUAAGGUAUCGAAAUGCUUCCAUUAUUACGCUUGUUUGUGGGCCAUUAUGAGCGAACAGAAACACAACGAAGGAGUUUCUUGUUUUUUAAAGCGCCAUCUACCUACAGAAAGGUCUAGUAGCGCCUUAUGCGAGUCUACCUCUUUAGGUAUAAACUCAUCGUUAUUUAAGAAAUCUCCAUCUAAAUGUCAGAAAAAAGUUAUCAAAAAAGCGAAAUUGAUAACAAGUCGUAGGAAUGGAAGUAAGUGUAGAAAAAUAAUGCCGAAAGUUCUACCAAUAGAAAUUAAAGUUUUGGAAAACGAUGACAGAACUAGAAAUGAGGUUUCCUGGGAUUUUAUUGACUGGUUGUCUUUUGUAACGGAGUCCAUAAAUAGUACCAUGAGGUUCGAAAAUUUCGGAAUAAUCAACACGAUAGUUCUUCAAAUUCCCGAGUUGUUCUUCCGUAAUUUGAUCAAAAGAAUCCCGAUCAUUUACGAACCGAUGCGAUCUGGCAACACCACAACCUACUACGUAAUGAACAUUUUACAUUUAAAAGAAAUAUUCGAUACGCCUAAAGUGAAAUUGAAAAUAUCCAAAAAGUUCGUGUACGACGACCGAACGGGCUACGUGGAAUUCGACGAUACAGGCGAAAUGCUCGAGGAUUCCGCUCACCGGAGCCCCUUCAUAUACUUCUUCAACGUGGGCCAAUCCACCGUAGACGAAAGCGAUAAUACCAAUAACUCCUUCGACUUCGAAUGGACAACACCCGCCUUCAGCGUACUGAACGUGGGCCAAUUGCGGUUGCAGUACAAGUUCGGCCGCAAGAGCACCUGAUAAAAUCAAUAAACGGAUUAACUGUUUUGUAUUUACACAAGUUCAAAGUCCCCAGUCAACGAUUAAAGUUGUAACG